GCCACUCUCUCCGGCAUCCACUCAAGCAGAGCAGAGCAGCGGCAAAGCAAGUGAUCUCUUUAGCUCGGAUCAUCUCUGCAUUUGCAUUUGCAGCUGCUCGUCACGGCAAUGGCAUCCACCAACAGCUGGACCCACGAGAUCGAGUCGCCGGUGGCCGCGCCGCGCCUGUUCCGCGCCGCCGUCAUGGACUGGCACACCCUUGCCCCCAAGAUCGCCUCCCACAUCGUCGCCAGCGCCCACCCCGUCGACGGCGACGGCAGCGUCGGCAGCGUCAGGCAGUUCAACUUCACCUCAGCCAUGCCAUUCAGCCACAUGAAGGAGAGGCUGGAGUUCCUGGACGUGGACAAGUGCGAGUGCAAGUCGACGCUGGUGGAGGGCGGCGGCAUCGGCAAGGCGAUCGAGACGGCGACGUCGCACAUCAAGGUGGAGCCGGCGGCGAACGGCGGGAGCGUCGUGAAGGUGGAGUCCACGUACAAGCUCCUCCCCGGAGUGGAGGUGAAGGACGAGAUCACCAAGGCUAAGGAGUCCCUCACCGGCAUCUUCAAGACCGCCGAGGCCUACCUCAUCGCCAACCCGGACGCUUACAACUAAAUCGUCAUCAUGCCUAUGCCCCCAAAAUAUGUUUGAUAAUAUUUGAUCUUUGCGAGUGUGUAUGAUCGAAAUAAAGCUGCUUCCAAGCAGUGAUUGAGAAGUGAGCAGCGAGAAGCUUGGUGUGUGGUUUGGUUGCUGUCGGAGAAUGGUUUUGUUUGACAUGAUGCUGUCAACACCGGCUAUGUUAUGUAUCUAUCUAGCAUCUACCUGUUGGUUUUGCGUGGGAAUAAAAACAUACUAUAAAAGAUAAUGAGCUCGGAAGCUACUA